GGAAGUCUAAGCUGAAGAAGCCAAAGUGCUGGAUUAAAAUAUGAACAGAAUUUGAUCUGAAGCAUAAAGAACACACAAGGAAUUAACAGCGACAUUUAUGUGGCAGGCAAUAAAAGUAUAUGAUACUGUAGAUGAGCCUGGUCAGCAUGUACAGGAAUAAUAGCCCCUUUGGUUAUGAUAACAGCAGCGAUGCAGGAUCACUCCAGUCCAAUGGUUACUCCACUAUGGAUGAAGUGUCAUCACAGACAUCAAAUCUGUCCAGGCCAAGUGCAAAGUCAAUUUACUUGCAGAGGCAGGAGUAUGCAGCAUCAAUAAACAAGAUGAUGGACAGAUUUCAGUGCAGAGUGGAGCACCUGAUCACUUGUGACCUGGAUGGGAAGGAGCUGAGAAACACUGGAGACUGUGUGGAACGUUUGAACCUGCUGAAUGAGAUGGGUCAUGUGUGGGGUCAGAACAUGAUACUGGAGGUGCAAGACACCAACCUGCUGCUCACGGACAUUGAAAACAAGGAGGAGCUGGAGUUGAUACCUCUCAGUGAUAUCCGGGAGUUCAAAGCCUUGCUAGACGCUGGAGUGUUUAAGUCCCUGCUCACAGUGUCAGUCCAGCCCAGGAGGAAACGUGACAUCACUGUCUUCAUGUUCCAGUGUGAGGAUGUCAGGGCUGACUAUGCUGAAAAAUACCUCUCACUGGCACUGUCGCGCAGGCGAGAGGAUGCAGGCAUCGGAAAUGAAGGACAUGAAAGAGUGAAAGCUGCAGUUAUCCCUAAACCCAAAGAACCAGAGCCUGCAGUUGAACCAGUGUUGCAGUGGAGUGAGCCUGACUAUGAAGAAGAGGAUUCACAUGAGCCUGAACUGAUGCUGCCUGAUGAAGAAGAGGAGGAGAAGGAGCCAUCACUACAGCUCUUCAUCCAAAAUGAAGAACCUCGGGCUCCUCCUCGAACAUACACAGAGACGGACAGGGAUGUGGAUAUUUUAAAUCACAUUGUAAGUGACAUUGAAAUCUUCAAGGGACAAAUAGCUGCAGUAGAAGCUAAAAAUGCAAAGAAGAAGAAGAAGAUGAUGAUGAAGAAGAAAAAGAAAAAAGGGAAAGACAUGGAGGGCAUGCCCUCUCAAGAAGAGUUUGAAGAAUGCCUCCACAAAUUCAAAUUUGGCUUCAACCUUCUGGGGGCGCUCAAAGGAAAGAUCAACAAUCCCAGUGCUCCUGAAUAUGUCCACUCCUUGUUCACCUCGUUAAAAUAUGUGGUGUCACACUGUCCUGAGGACCUGCCACCAACUAUUGUGGCACCUCUGCUGACACCUCAGUGUAUCCGUCUCAUGAGUGAAGAGGCAACCACAGAGGAGGACGAGCUGUGGCAGUCUUUGGGAGAUGCCUGGAACAUUCCCAGCACCCAGUGGCCAGAAGAUGAUGAGGACAUCCCAACUUACACCCCACAGUUCUUUGAUGGCUGGCAGCCCCCUGAAGUCACUGCAGAACCUGCACCCAGUGAACCAGUGAUCAGACAGAAGAGUCCUCAACCUGCUCCCAGUAAACCUGUGACCAGGCAGGAGAAUCUGCAACCUGCACCCAGUAAACCGGAAACAAGGCAGGAGAAUUGGCAACCUGCACCCAGUAAACCUGUGACCAGACAGGAGAAUCUGCAACCUGCACCCAGCCAGCCAUAUGCCAAGUGGACACCUACACGCACAAUCGAGCCAAAACUUCGCGACAUGCGUGUUAGGUCUGACUUCAUUUCAAGAAACGAUAGAGAGCUCACCGUAAGAAAAGGAGAAAUAGUUCAGCUGCUGGACAAGUCAAAGCAGUGGUGGAAAGUGAGAAACGACAGAGGGGAGGAAGGCUUUGUCCCUAAUAAUAUCCUGCAGGAUAGUCACGAGCAAUCUGAUGAAGAGGAAAUUUUUGCCUCUCCUGUCCUUACAAAGAGGUCCAAGCCUGCAGAAGUGAAAGCCUGGCUCGAAGACAAAGGCUUCAGUAAAAUCACCGUACGCUGUCUAGGUGUGCUGAGCGGCAUUACCCUUCUGGGGAUGACCAGAGAGGAACUGAAGACAGUGUGUCCAGAGGAAGGAGGGCGAGUCUUCUUCCAGUUACAAGCAGUCAGGUCACAGCUGGCUGCUGCCAGUUAAGUGAGACCAGUGACGGGACAUCGAAGAGGACCAAAAAAAGGUCACCGAUGGUCAGACACUGUAAGCGUUCAGCUAAUAACAGUUUACAGUUCAUAUUUUGUCUCAUUUGAAAUCAAUUAAAUAUGCUAUCAAUUAUAUUAAAUAAUGUUAUUGUAACAUUCAAAUAUUCAUUAUCUACCAUUCU